GAAUACUGCACUGUCGAUCUUCCUAGUGAAACAAUUGUUCAUGGUAUUCACCAUACAUCACUUUUCAUAUACCAACAUUUACUAUUGUGCGUGUGAACGAACAAGUUGGUUGUGAUUUUUUCACCUUUUUUCUAACUUAUUAUAAAAUCAGCUGAUUAUUUCAUCCUUCCUAUUAAAGGAUUUAAAUGGAAAAUAUAAAAGAAGAUAUCAUGGUUACUGUUAAUCCCAGAGUAUUUUUUGAUAUAGAGGUGGGUGGUCUCCCAAUGGGCCGCAUAGUAUUUGAACUCUUUGCGGAUAUUUGCCCAAUAACAUGUGAAAAUUUUCGUGCCCUAUGUACUGGAGAAAAAGGACUUGGAAAAACAACUGGCAAACAAUUACAUUAUAAAGGAAUUGUUUUUCAUAGAGUAGUUAAAGAUUUUAUGAUUCAGGGUGGUGAUUUUUCAGUAGGUAAUGGGACAGGAGGAGAAUCAAUUUAUGGUGGAACAUUUGCAGACGAAAAUUUUAUUUUAAAACAUAAUAAAUCAUUUUUAUUAUCAAUGGCAAAUCGUGGUAGAGAUACAAAUGGUUCACAAUUUUUUAUUACAACACAACCAGCGCCUCACCUCGACAAUGUCCAUGUGGUUUUUGGAGAAGUAGUGUCUGGCCAGGAAAUUGUUACACAUAUUGAGGGACUUCCAGUAGACCGUAUGUCUCGGCCGUUACAAGAUGCGAAGGUUGUAAAUUGUGGAGAACUUGUACUGAAAAUCAAAAGUAAAGCAAAGAAACAUGAAACAAAGGAAAGUAGUUCAUCCGAAUCUGAUUCUGAUUCAUAUGCUGAAAAACCUAAAAAGAAAAAAAAGGCCAAGAAAAAUAAAAAAAGAGCAAAAUCGGAGGAUGGUGAAAUUCAUGAUUCUAAUGAAGAUGAACUUGGGAAACCUCAUCCUCUUGUUUCGGUUACAAAAAUCGAUCCUGAUGAAAUUCCAGAAGUACCAGCGAAUAAAUUUUUAUAUAGAGCAGGACCUACUAAUAAUGCAAAUCAAAAAGAAUUUAGACAACAUUAUGGAAGAGAUCGGGUACGAUCACAUAGAAAAACUGGUCGCAUAUUUAAAGGAAGAGGAAUUUUUCGAUAUCAUACACCAUCACGUAGUCGUUCGAGAAGUGUUACACCACCUCAUUGGAAACAAGCUCAAAAUCGUACUAUUAAAUUGCAUGAAUUUCAGAAGUUAGAAAAAGAACGCCUAAAAAAAGAAGAAGAAUUAAAAAAACGCGAAGCUGAUAGAAUUAAAAAGUUUACUGAAAAUCCUGAUGAAGAUAAUCAAAUAGUGGAUAAAUUUGAUGUCGAAGCGCAUAUAUCUGAAGAAUUGGAAAAAGAAAACGAUCAAUCUGAUGAAAAAAAAAGUGGCAGUAAAAAUGUAGAUCAAGAACAAGAUAAUUUAAAUACCAGUUCAGAUAUUAAUGACACAUUGACAAAAGAUAAAGUAGAUGGAAAACAUAAAAAUGAGAAGUUAUUGAAACGUGAUUUACAUCGAUCGUAUGGUAAUAGAUCUUCACGACGAGAAUCUCGAGAUAGAAGUAAAAGACGAGGAUCUGGUCGGUCUAGAUCGCGAGAUCGACGUAGAUCUCGCGAUAGAGAUUACGAUCGUAGAAAUAGUCGUGAUAGAAGAAAUAGAAGAAAUUAUUAUCCUCGAAGACGAGAUUUUUAUAGAAUUAAUAGACCUGGCAGAGAUAAUUACAGAUAUUAUGAUAGACGCAAUGAUUAUAGAAAGACAAAUAACUCUAAUUCUAAUCAUGAUACGGAUAUUAAUUCAUCUCGUUAUGAUAAAAAUCGAAGAAAAAGUGAUAAUACCUCAGACUCUAACAAUCAACCAAAAUUUAAACGUCGCUCACGUUCGACUAGUUCUAGUAGUCAACACUCCAAAGAUUAAAUGCAAUUAUUUUUAUUUUUAUUUUUCUGCAUUAUGAAGAAGAAAUAUAAUUUAUGCAGUAAAUUACAUUUAUUAUAUUUUCAAAUCUUAUUAGAAUUUGUUUCUUUAUAACAUAUAUGAAUUUAUAUAUAAGAAAUCCUGUCUUAAAUUAAUAACAUUUCAAAUAAUAUUAGGUUUUAAUAUAUUUUAAAUGUAAAUUUCAAUUUCAGUAAUUAGAAUUCUCUUAUAUGUCGAUAAUUUUUGUAUUUCUACAGAAUGAAUAUAAUGCGUUAAAAA